UGGAGAGAUGAUGUGAGGUACACUUCGCGCAGUAUGGUCGAUUCCAAGUUAUCCUUCUUCCCAAAAGCGGAUGGAGCAAUCUUGAGAUCAAAACCCCACUCACGGCCACAUUCCUAUCCACAGACCGUUGGCCCGAUCCUCGAUCGAGACAACUUCGAUCGCCCGAUCGAUCCCUGGUCUCUGGACAUCAAAUCAACAUACUAUCCAGAUACAGAGGAUAUAUAUGCACCUUCUGUGGUUCCGGAGAAGCCCCCUGAUUUCGCAGAACAAUAUCUGCGUGCGUUCCUGGCGGAGAAUGAGAGACUUAGACUCUCCGUGCUUUGGUAUUAUACGCGUGAUAUCUUGAAAGAAGAUGAGUUCUUGGCGGGGCUUCAAGAGAAAGCCCAGUUAGCGCAGGAAUCGGUCGGUUGGGAGUUUGCAGUGAUUGGGAUUUUGGAUGUCGAUGUUUACAUUCGGUUGGCUACCGUAGGCCUGGAGUUGGGCGUGUUGCCUCGUGGGGAGACGCUUUGUGCUCAUACGGUUACGCAACCUCCCGGUGAUGUUUUCCUCUUACCCAAUCUUAUGGAAGACUGGAGGUUUCGACAAUGUCCUUAUCUCGAAAGGGGAGGGCUUUAUGCGUAUGCCGGAGUGCCGCUGCGCCUGAAAACCGAGUCCGGGCAUACUGUUGGACUCGGAUCACUUUGUGUGGCCUCAAGCAAGAGCGAAGAACCUCUGACCAAAGCGCAGCAUCAGGCACUUGUUCGUCUGGGUGAUUGGGUUGUUUCCGAUCUCGUGCAAUGUACGAGAGCGAGACGACAACGAGAAAGACAUCGAAUGUCUGAACUUCUUGCCAAAGCGAAAAAAGAGACGAACAAAGCAGCGACUGCCGAGCCGGUCUUCGAAAUAUUGAAAACUAUCUAUCCUGAGGCAAUCAUUCGUCUGCAGCCAUCGAGAUCGAGCCAUGUCGAGUUCGAGGGAUGUGAUCCGAUUCCAAUAACUGAUUUGAAAGACGGUCUGUGGGAAGACGUUCAAUUUAUUGACGAAUUCAUCACCAAUUCAAAUCACCUCCCGACCCCAUCCGAUAAACCAGUUCGCAUCGUGGCAGUCCCAUGCGAAAGUACAUCAGGAUCAUCACUACUCAUCGUGGCAACGCGAGACUUCCACCUGAUCUUUGACGACGCCGAUGCAUGGUUCAUUCAAGCCUGUGCAGAUAUUAUGUCCCAGAAAUGGCGCAAAAGUCUUUUGGCAGAAGCAAUGAUAGCCAAAGAAAAGUUUCUCCGAGCAUUUUCUCACCAACUACGAACGCCAGUCCAUGGAAUCCUCGCCGCAGUCGAACUCCUGACGGAGGAAAUGAAGUCAAAUAGUUGGGGUGAAAUCACGAACUCACUUUCGACAAUCAAGAAAUUGAAUCUCGAGUCGGAGAUUAAUCCACCUGAGCCUUUUACGUACCUCAAUAUCAUCAAGAUGGCGGGUCGUGAUCUCACUUCGAUUAUCAAUAAUUUGAUUGCCCUGAACAAGUGGUCAGAUAUUGCCAUGGCAAACAGGCAUUACUCUAUGCAUACGCUGGACGAGCUGGAGACGGAGAUUGUAAAUGAAAUCAACAAGUUUACGGUGGGGGAUACGCGGUAUAAGUGUUCAAUCUUCUUUGCCCAGAACUCGUCGCCGGACUGUGGCAAGUUUUCCAUUGAUCUUGGGGUUCUUCGAGAUACGCUGCUCCCAUUGGUGGUCAAUUCGAUUCAACAGACGCCACAAGGAGUCGUGUCUGUUACAGUAUCGAUUCAGCCGGACCUCAAACAACUUGUUGUCGACGUGGAAGAUACGGGACGAGGAAUUCAUCCUGAUGAUCAACAGCGAAUUUUCGAGGCCUAUGAGAAGGUUGACCUGCACUCGUCGGGUGCUGGAUUGGGUCUUACACUCGCUACGAAAUUCGCAUCACUCAUUCACGGCUCCAUUGAGUUGGUUUCCUCGGAGAUUGGUCGCGGUUCCCAUUUCCGCGCUACGUUCCGCGAGGUGGAGUUUGAUUUCUCGUCUCAACCGCCGCAGCCUCUAUCUAUGAAGUUUGAUAGCCUGCCUUCACGUUUCUUCAAAGAGCCCGUCGACUCUGAUUCCUUAUCACUGGGCGAUCACUUUACGUCGUUCUUACUUCGCAAUGGAUACACUUGCUCUGACACCGUAGAGGAUUGCUUGGUCAUUGUUGAGACUGGAUCUGACCCGGAACAACACCGAGCAUGCCUGUCUCAGACUUCACCCGAGCAAGUCGCCAUCUGCCUUGUCCCGAUCUCAGAGGAGAAAAACUACCUCCAGCAGCCCGAUGACAAUCUUAUCUACGUCAAUGGACCUUUCCGGACCUCAACAUUCUAUUCAGCUCUUGAACGAGCUCACACCUAUCUCAAGAAGCAAUCUUCCAAGCAACAUCGACAACAACUCGACACUCUUGACAAACCCAUUAUCAUGCCUGCAACGACCCAGAAAAACUCAACCACAGAAGAGUACCCCAAUACACAUCCACCGACUGUCAUAUCAAAUCAACCCAUCGCGACCGCCACUAUUCCCCCUGCCUCCCAACCAGACGCCCCAGUUUCCCUCGAUCUAAAUAUGACCGCCCUAAUACUCACACCACCCGAAACCCCCCCUCGACCCGUCACUCUAAUAGUAGACGACAACGCCGUCAACCUCCGCGUAAUGGAAACCUACUGUACAAAACGAGGCCUGCCAUACCUCUCCGCCAUGAACGGCCGCCAAGCCACCGAACUAUUCUCUCAACGCCAGACUCAAUGCCCCGAAGAAGAAGACCCCCCAAUCCAACUCAUCUUCAUGGACCUUCAAAUGCCAGUUUUUGGUGGCAUCGAAGCCACGCAGCAGAUCCGAGCGCUGGAACAGCGACAUAAAUGGAAAAAGAGUUUCUUGUUCGUUAUGACUGGCCAGGAUAGUCCGGCAGAUCGGAAGGCCGCAGAGGAGGCAGGGGCCGAUGAGUAUUUUGUGAAGCCGGUUAUUCCUAAGCAAUUGGAUCGGGUUGUGAAACAGUACUUUCCGGCUUUUGACAAAGGCUAGGCUUGGCCAGGCACAAUCACGAUACAUAUUUACUAACUGCAACAAAAUCGCCAGGCUUGGCGUUGAGAUUGUUUCGCUCACCCCGAUAUAAGAGCAAUGUCCGAAACACACACGAAUCGGAUUCUAUUUUCAUCAGUAUUG